AUGUUCUAUUCCGAGACCCUCCUCCAGAAGACCGGGCCCUUGGCCCGCGUCUGGCUGUCUGCCAACUUGGAGCGCAAGCUAUCCAAGCAACACAUCUUGCAGUCCAACCUCACCGAGAGCGUUGAGCAAAUCAUCACACCCAGCCAGGCCCCCAUGGCGCUGAGGUUGACUGGCCAGCUGCUUCUCGGUGUCGUCAGAAUCUAUAGCCGUAAGGCACGAUACCUGCUUGACGACUGCAAUGAAGCCCUGAUGAAGAUCAAGAUGGCUUUCCGCUCCUCGGGGAACAAUGACAUUCCUGCCAACCUCCAAGUCCCAAACCGGGAGUCGCUUUUGCUUCCUGACCGCAUUACACCUUAUGACAAUCUCGACCUGCUUCCUGCCCCUGAUGUUGAUUUGCUCCUGAGCACACAAGACCUUGAUGUUGGCUCUCAACCUUUGGGCCGCAAAGGUCGCGUUAGCAAUCGAGAUAUCAACUUGCAGGAGGAUUUCAACAACAGCCAGUUUCUGCAGGACGGACUGGGCAAGGACGACGGCUUGGCUCUGGCCAAUGUGGAUGACCUGGACUUGCAGCUUGACUUCGGUAUGGAUAUCGACGAGGGCCCAACCAGGAUGACCGUGGAAAUGGGUCGUGAGGCCCCCGCUGCUCGGGGUGUCGAGGAGGAUAUAUUCAGUGAAUUCGACCUGCCCCAGCCUACUAAGGACCGGGACCACGACCAGUCCACUGCGCUUGGUUUUGGGGACAACGGAGUGCGCAUUCACGAUGACGACGGAGAUAUCUUGAUGGGAGACGAUGAUUUCCGACUGGACCUUGGAGACCAGUCUGCAAUGCACGAGGGUGGAGCUGAGGUCGCCCGAGCCCGGAUCUCAGAGUCACCGCUUUCUGACAUUGACGAGGCGUUUGCCAAGGAGAUUGAGAUCGAGUACAGCCGGCACGCCAACAACACGGAUAUGUACGAGCCGAACGAGGACGAGGAGUCGGCAAUGGUGCGAAACGCGCCUCAAAGGUCCAAGAAGAGGAAGGUCAUUGCACCCGACGAGCAAACUAUGCUCACGGGUGCUGUCAUCAAGGAGCAACAGUCCAAGCAUGACAACAUCCUCAAGCCCCAGGUGUUCCUGCCCCGCGACCCUUACCUGCUGGCAUUGAUGGAAAUGCAGAAGAACGGUGGAUUCGUGUCCAAUAUCAUGAUGGACGGCCAGAGCGCAACCUGGGCACCAGAGCUGAAGGGCCUGCUUUCCUUGGACGCGAUUCGUGCGCCCACCGACCUGAAGAGGAAGCGAGACAGCGGCAUCGCAGACAUGGAUGUGGACGGCGAGCAAGGCACGUCCAAGUCGCCGCGGCUCGAGAUUGACCAGGACGACCCGUUCGCAGUCGGUGCAACCGACCUCGGCAAUCAAUCUGUGGCAGCGGAUGGCACGAUACUUGAAAUAGAGGGCGAUGACGGCUUGGCGAACUACGAUGACGAGGGAUCCGCCCUGCCAAACUUCGACGACACAACAGCGCCAAUCGUGCACCCCGCGGACAACGGGCCAGUCUCUGUUGGCACCAAGCAUGCCGUGCACAUCCUGCGUGACCUGUUUGGUGAUGAGGCCGCCACGAGCGCCGAGAAGCGCAAGAAGACGUCUGUUGUAUUCCAGGAGCUCCUGCCGGAGAAGAAGACGACCAAGGCAGACGCGACCAAGAUGUUCUUUGAGUGCCUGGUGCUUGCCACCAAGGACGCCAUCAAGGUCGAGCAGCCAGAUGGCUCCCUUGGCGGCGCCAUCCGCGUGAGAGGAAAGCGAGGCCUCUGGGGUGCCUGGGCCGAGCGUGAGGCUGGCGGCGAGAUCGACGAGGAGGCCGAGGUGAACGAGGCCCAGGCCCAGAACCAGCCGCAGCCGGCAAUCGAGACUGGCUCAGCAGCCGUCCCCGUCUCGGCCUAG